CGCGACAUUUCACUGCAGUUCACAUUUCCUUCCAGUAGGGUGCCGAAUAUCCAUCUUUUUGAGACUGGGUACCAUAGAAACGAUUACAACAACAAACCAUGUAGUGAGUGAUGUUGCCACUUGCCACUUUUUCCAGACUUGGGUUAUGUGUAGAAGCGAAGUAAUAAGCCUAGCUAGCUAGCUAGCUAAGAAAAAAAAUGAGUCAAGCCGGUAACCUACGUGAGGAGACGGAGGAGGCUGGACCUUCCGUGGACUCUGAAAAUCCAGAGGAGAGAAUUGCAGCCCGUCGCCUCCGGAUAGCUGCACGAAAUGAAGCCAAGAAAAGGUAGCUAGCUAGCUUCUGUUUGAGCUAGCACCUGUUAGCCACCUGUUAAUGUUGAUAUAAGCAGCCGGAAACGUUUAGCUUAGCUGUUUAGCUAUUGCAGGUGAGGUGUACUCUGUCCUCUGCAACUUUAGUGUUAGCUAAAAUUAGCUAUAAAGUAUAUGCCAACAUAAAAUGUGCUUUUCCCAUCUGUCAUUCAGACAAGAACUGGGAGAUAACUCCCAUGAAAAGAAAGAAAUCAAAGAGGAGACAAGGAAAAGCCAGCAUCAAGUGGAACAGAGUGAGAAGGUAACGUUAACGUUAGGCCUAUGUUAUUGUUAGCAUUAUAAAUUAAUUUGAAGCAAUGAAACAUAACGCCACACACACACUACAUGUCUCUUUCUCCCCAGCGUAUGAUAAAGCUGCAGAGUGAUGGGACAGAGCUGGUCACCAACAUCCAGGUAGCAGCCGAUUCUAGGGAGUCCCAGCGCCGAGCAGAGCUGGAGGAGGCCCACAGACACAGGUACCAUACCCAGGAUCAGUGACUGUGCCCCACAGCAGUUGUAGUACAAGUUCUCCCUCUGCUGGCCAUGAACUGUAAAUGCGUGCCGGUAUCUCAUUAUGACAAAAAGCAGGUCAAAUUGAUACGACCUCCUCACAGCACCGCUCAACAAACAAACUGUUUUACGAAUAAUUGAAACGUUGUUGACUAUCCACCAGACAUUCAUGUGCUCAAAACCUCCUCUUCUCUCCGACCUCCCUCUAUCUAUCUAUCUAACUCUCUCCCCUCCCACCCCUUCCCCUGAGCAGGGUGGAGAAGCUGGAGAAUGAGGCCAAGUCGAGCCUGGAGAAGUUUGAGGAGAUCACCAGGAAGUGGACGGUGGCCAAGAUGAAGGAGAUCCCCCAGGACCUGAGAGACUCUCUGAACAGCCAGCAGCAGCUGUGUGCCCUGCUCAUAGAGGACAAGAACAAACUCAUCCACGAGCUGCAGCAGGUAGUGUGUGUGUGUGCUUGUGUGUAUUAAUUUGUUUUGUCUGUAUGUAUAAUGUGUGUGUGUGUGUGUGUGUCUGUAGGAGAUUAAGUUAAGUGACGACCGCUACGUCAAAGAUCUAAAGAAGCAGGCAGAGGAUGUGGACCUGAUGAUUGAGAGGAUGGAGGACCAGGUCAAGUUUCUGAUGGGCUCCUAUAGGGAUGAACUGGACCAGAUAGAGGUAGGAAACAUUCAGAUUCAGUGUUUAAUACUCACAUGGACAGGGUUGCAUGUGUGAUUGUAGGGUACAGUGAAAAUCUUAGGCUCCGAGCUCCAACAUGUGAAAUAAAAUAAUGAAAAUGGUAAUAAAAACAACAACAAUAGAAAUAGAAAUAGCACUAUAUACAUCAUGACUGUAGCAGUGAUGAAUUAAUAAAUGUCCAUUGUGGUGGAGGCAGAGUAAAGACCGUUUAGGGGGUGGGGGGGAAUGACCAUUGGGGGAGCAGCAGCAUGACCAUUGAGCGGGUGUGGGGACCAAGUGAAAUAAAAACAAUACAAAUUAUAUAUAAAAAAUAUAUAUAUAAUAUACAUAUUAAAUAAAAAAUAAAAAAAAUAAAAUGUAUUUGCCACAUGCGCCGAAUACAGCAGGUGUAGACAUUACAGUGAAAUGCUUACUUACAAGCCCUUAACCAACAAUGCAGUUUUUUAAAGAAAAAUUUGGAAUAAAAAAGUGUUAAUUAAAGAAAAAUAGAAAAUAAAAGCAAAUAGCUAAAGCGCAGAAGUAAAAUAAAAUAACAGUAGGGAGCUAUAUACAGGGGGGUACCGGUACAGAGUCAAUGUGCAGGGGCACUGGCUAGUCGAGGUAAUUGAGGUCAUAUGUACAUGUGGGUAGAGUUAAAGUGACUAUGCAUAAAUAGUAAACAGAGUAGCAGCAGUGUAAAAGAGGGGGGUGGGGUGGGGUGGGGGGGGGCAGUGCAAAUAGUCCGGAUAGCCAUGAUUAGCUGUUCAGGAGUCUUAUGGCUUGGGGGUAGAAGCUGUUGAGAAGCCUUUUGGACCUAGACUUGGCGCUCUGGUACCGCUUGCCGUGCGGUAGCAGAGAGAACAGUCAAUGACUAUUAACAACUGCAACAGUGAUGAAUGUCGUUGGGGUGGGGGCAGAGUAAAAGUCAUUUGAGGGUGUGGGGGAAAAUGUCCAUAGGGGGAGCAGCAGGUACGGUAAGUGACCAUUGAGGGGGUGUGGGGGGAAAUGGCCAUAGGGGGAGUAGCGGGGAGGUAAUAUUCAUAAGAGGAGUAGCAGGGGGGAGCAGAUAGCUGACUAGUGGUGGCUAUUCAGCAGCUUGAUGGUCUGAGGGUAGAAACCUUUGGCCAGUCAUCCAGUUUUUGCCAUGAUGCUCCUGUACUACAUGCGUCUGAGUGAUUGAAGCGGGGAAAACAGGGCAUGGCUUGGGUGGCUAGGGUCCCUGAUGAUCUUCUUGGCCUUCCUGGUGUUGUAGGUGUCCUGUAGGGCAGGCAGUGUGCACCCAAUUUUGCGUUUUGCUGCACGUAUCACCCUCUGAAGCGCCUUGUGGUCUGCGGCGGUGGAGUUGCCGUACCAGGCUGUGAUGCAGCCCGACAGUAUGCUCUCGAUGGUGCUCCUGUAGAACAUCCUGAAGAGUUGUUGUUGUGCCUUCUUCACCACGGUGUCUGUGUGGUUAGACCAUUUCAGCUUCUCUGAGAUGUGUACGCAGAGGAAUUUGAAGUUAUUGACCGUCUCCACGGCAGCCCCGUUGUCCAGCCUGGUUCCUCCUGAAGUCCUCAAUCAGCACCUUUGUUUUGCUAACGUUAAAGGAGAGGUUGUUUGCCUGGCACCACGCCGUCAGAGUGCCUGCCUCUUCCCUGUAGGGUGUCUCGUCAUUGUUGGUAAUCAGGCCUACUACUGUUGUGUCGUCAGCGAACAUGAUGAUGGAGUUGAAACUAUGUGAGGCCACGCAGUCGUGGGUAUACAUGGAAUACAGGAGGGGACUGACGAUGCACCCUUGUGGUUGUUGACAUGUUCAUUGAUCUGUUUGUUGAUGGUUGUUGACCUGUUCCUGUUUUGUGCAGAAGUCCUUUGAGCAUGAGCGGAAGAUCUUGCUAACGGGGAACAGGACAAAAUGGGAACAGCACAUGAAGGAGCGCCGAGACAAAGAGGUAAAUAGGAUUCUAAUAAACAGACAUCUCUACAGACGGUAUACCUUUCUUUCUCUCUUCUCUCACUGAAAAUGAACUUGAGCUGUUUGUGUCUCUCUCCAUCUAUCUCAAUACUAUAUCCCCUCCUUCCUCCUUUCUCCCUCUCUCUCUCUAGCUGGAGAACGUGAUGCAGAGGAUGAAGAGGGUGGAGGAGUAUGAAGUGUUGCUGCAGCAGCUGAGGACAGAGGAUGCCGAGGAGUACAAUAUGAUCAAGAUCAAACUGGACACAGAUGUUCAGGUAGACAGAAAAAGUGGCAAAAGUUUGCAGGUGUGUUAGGGACUGUUUUCAAAUGAGCUGUGGUGUGUGUGUGUGUGGGUAGAUUCUGGAGCAGCAGCUGCAGCAGAUGAAGGCUACGUACCAGCUGAACCAGGAGAAGCUGGAGUACAACUUCCAGGUGCUAAAGAAGAGAGACGAAGAGAACACCAUCACCAAGUCCCAGCAGAAGAGAAAGAUCACCAGGUAGCUACAUCUACAAUGCAUUCGGAAAGUAUUCAGAGCCCUUCACCUUUUCCACAUUUUGUUACGUUACAGCCUUUUUUCCCCCUCAUCAAUCUACACACAAUAUCCCAUAAUGACAAAGCAAAAACAGGUGUUUUAGAAAUGUUUGCAAAUUUGUUAAAAAUAAAAAAGGAAAUAUCACAUUUACAUAAGUGUCACAUCUCCUCCCGUUGCGUCCCUCCGGCACUCUGAUUCACCGGUCUACUGAGCCACCGGUCUGAGCGCACCACCUCGGCAACACCGGAAUGGAAACCCAACGCACCCUAAUCACCUCCAGCGCACCUGCACCUCGUCAUCUCGUCACCACCCCUAUAUAGCCCUGGAAUGUUCAGUUUUGUGUUGUGUGUGAUUGUUAGUGUCAUGUCGUGUACUCGCGCUUUGUUGUUCUCUUGCUCAGUGUUAAGUAAACCUUUACACUGUUGAUUCCUGCAUUUGCGUCCUGCCUCUUCGUAUCCUCAGUACGUGUCACAGAAUCACACACCUAUCACGAAGAUGGAUGCAGCAGGUAAUCCUCCUGGAGUUUCCCAGCACCAGCAGCAGAUUGCCCAGCUGAACGCUGCCAUGCAGGAAGUGCUACAAACGCUGCAUAAACUGACUAUCGCUCCGGUUCCACCUCAGGGAGCGGCGAAUGCACCCAGUCCACCUCCUCCCGUGCUAUCACCAACGUCUGAGGGACCCCUUGCGCUGCCGGAGCGCUAUGACGGGAAAACGACAAUAUGUAGAGGCUUCCUGCUACAGGUUUCACUGUAUCUGGCGCAUCAGCGUGGGCCAUCUCCAUCGGACCAAGCCAGGAUAGCACUGGUGAUUUCGCGACUGAAGGGAAAGGCGCUGGAUUGGGCCACGGCAGUCUGGGAAGGAGGUGAGGCCGCGGCGCUUCCCUACUCCACCUUCCUCGCUCGGUUCAGGGCGGUGUUCGAUCAUCCCAUGGAGGGAAAGGACGGGGGUGAGCGUCUCCUCCGGCUACAACAGGGAGAGGAGGCCUCGUUCGAGCACGCCCUGAGCUUUCGCACAGUGACGUUGGGAGGACAUCACGAUGGAACUCGCAUGUCGGGACGAUGAGAUGGACCUUGUUACCCUCAUCGCCACGUCCAUUCGUCUUGACGACAUGUUGAGAGACCGAUGGCGUUCCCAACACCACCCAGAGCCUCGACGCUCACCCCUCGACACUCGCCCUGCCUCCGAGUCCUCACCCAUGGAGGUGGGCAGCACCCCCUACACCACCACUGACCACAGAUCUCCUGGCGGCUCCCUAUCUAGGCGGUAUGACUCCCGUCGCCGCUCCGUGAGUGUUCCGUCAUCACCUGUCACCAAACCAUUGUUUUUAGGUCCCUUAACGGUGAAUGGUUCUUCCUUCACUUACCACGGCAAUGAUAGAUUCUGGAUCAGCGGGGAACCUAAUCGAUAGGGAGUUGGUCUUUGAAUGGGGGUUGCCCACCGUGCCACUGCCUUCUCCGUUACACGUCACCUCGCUGGUGAUGGCCAGUCCCCACCACCAUCAAGAGCCUACAGAGCUUCCUGGGCUUCGCAAAUUUCUACCGGCGUUUCAUCAGGUCCUUCAGCUCCAUAGCCGCCCUGCUCACCUCUUUCCUUAAGGGUGAGCAUCAGAAGCUGGCCUUGAACCCUGAGGCUGACGCUGCCUUCAAGAGGCUGAAGGAGAGGUUCACCACAGCAACCCUCCUAAAACACACAGAUCCAGCUCGUCCUUUCAUCCCGGUCGCGGCCGGCUACGACAGAGCCUGGAUACGAACCAGGAUCUCUAGUGGCACAGCUAGCACUGCGAUGCAGUGCCUUAGACCACUGCGCCACUCGGGAGAUCCGAAACACCUUAAGGAUGAUCAAUGGAAACAGGAUGCACCUGAGCUCAAUUUCGAGUCUCAUAGCAAAGGGUCUGGUAUUUCUGUGUUUUAUUUAUUUGCAAACAUUUCGAAAAAUGUGUUUUCGCAUUGUCAUUAUGGGGUAUUGUGUGUAGAUUGAUGAGGAAUUGUUUUUAUUUAAUCUAUUUUAGAAUAAGGCUGUGGAAAAAGUGAAGGGGUCUGAAUACUUUCCGAAUGCACUGUAUAACACUAUCACUAUAGCAACAUUAUACCACCUGAUUUACAAAGGACACGUUUUCUGCAUCUUAGAUGGACGCUGUUCCCUACAAUGUGGCGCUGAACUUCUGAGUUCUGUCUCCAUCUCUGUCUGCUUCUGUUGUGCUGAAUCGCAAAUCUCUGCUACUUUAGUACCGUUAGAUCUUUUAAACCUGUUGACAAAAGUCAACAACAGACGUGCGUUCAAAAAGGCUGUAGUUUGGGGGAAACUGGUUAACUUGUAAAUAACACAUAUGGAAUCAUGUAGUAACCAAAAAGUGUUAAACAAAUAUAUAUGUUAUAUUUGAGAUUCUUCAAAGUAGCCACCCUUUGCCUUGAUGACAGCUGUGCACACUCUUGGCAUUCUCUCAACCAGCUUCACCUGGAAUGCUUUUCCAACAGUCUUGAAAGAGUUCCCACAUAUGCUGAGCACUUGUUGGCUGCUUUUCCUUCACUGCGGUCCGACUCAUCCCAAACCAUCUCAAUUUGGUUGCAGUCGGGGGAUUGUGGAGGCCAGGUAAUCUGAUGCAGCACUCCAUCACUCUCCUUCUUGGUAAAAUAGCCCUUACACAGCCUGGAGGUGUGUUGGGUCAUUGUCCUGUUGAAAAACAAAUUAUAGUCCCACUAAGCCCAAACCAGAUGGGAUGGCGUAUCGCUGCAGAAUGCUGUGGUAGCCAUGCUGGUUAAGUGUGCCUUGAAUUCUAAAUAAAUCACAGACAGUGUCACCAGCAAAGCACCCUGACACCAUAACACCUCCUCCUCCAUGCUUUACGGUGGGAAAUACACAUGCGAAGAUCAUCCGUUCACUCACACCGCGUCUCACAAAUACAUGGCGGUUGGAACCAAAAAUCUCAAAUUUGGACUCCAGACCAAAGGACACAUUUCCACUGGUCUAAUGUCAAUUGCUUGUGUUUCUUGGCCCAAGCAAGUCUCUUCUUCUUAUUGGUGUCCUUUAGUAGUGGUUUCUUUGCAGCAAUUCGACCAUGAAGGCCUUACUAACACAGUCUCCUCUGAACAGUUGAUGUUGAGAUGUGUCUGUUACUUGAACUCUGUGAAGCAUUUAUUUGGGCUGCAAUUUCUGAGGCUGGUAACUCUAAUUAACUUAUCCUCUGCAGCAGAGGUAACUCUGGGUCUUCCAUUCCUGUGGCGGUCCUCGUGAGAGCCAGUUUCAUCAUAGCGCUUGAUGGUUUUUGCUACUGCACUUGAAGAAACUUUCAAAGUUCUUGAAAUGUUCCGUAUUGACUGACCUUUAUGUCUUAAAGAAAUGAUAGACUGUCGUUUCUCUUUGCUUAUUUGAGCUGUUCUUGCCAUAAUAUGUACUUGGUCUUUUACCAAAUAGGGCUAUCUUCUGUAUUCCCCCCCUACCUUGUCACAACACAACUGAUUGGCUCAAACGCAUUAAGAAGGAAAGAAAUUCCCACAAAUUAACUUUUAAGAAGGCACACCUGUUAAUUGAAAUGCAUUCCAGGUGACUAUCUCAUGAAGCUGGUUGAGAGAAUGCCAAGAGUGUGCAAAGCUGUCAUCAAGGCAAAGGGUGGCUAUUUGAAGAAUCUGAAAUAUAAAAUAUAUUUUGAUUUGUUUAACACUUUUUUGGUUACUACAUGAUUCGAUAUGUGUUAUUUUAUAGUUUUGAUGUCUUCACUAUUAUUCUACAAUGUAGAAAAUAGUAAAAAUAAAGAAUAACCCUUGAUGAGUAGGUGUUCUAAAACUUUUGACCGGUAGUGUGUAUAUACAGUUGAAGUCGGAAGUUUACAUACACUUAGGUCGGAGUCAUUAAAACUCGUUUUUCAACCACUCCACAAAUUUCUUGUUAACAAACUAUCGUUUUGGCAAGUCGGUUAGGACAUCUACUUUGUGCAUGACACAAGUAAUUUUUCCAACAAUUGUUUACAGACAGAUUAUUUCACUUAUAAUCACAAUUCCAGUGUGUCAGAAGUUUACAUACACUAAGUUGACUGUGCCUUUAAACAGCUUGGAAAAUUCCAGAAAAUGAUGUCAUGGCUUUAGAAGCUUCUGAUAGGCUAAUUGACAACAUUUGAGUCAAUUUGAGGUGUACCUGUGGAUGUAUUUCAAGGCCUACCUUCACACUCAGUGCCUCUUUGCUUGACAUCAUGGAAAAAUCCAAAGAAAUCAGCCAAGACCUCAGAAAAAAAUGUGUAGACCUCCAGAAGUCUGGUUCAUCCUUCAGAGCAAUUUCCAAAUGCCUGAAGGUACCACGUUCAUCUGUACAAAUAAUAGUACGCAAGUAUAAACACCAUGGGACCACGCAGCCGUCAUACCGCUCAGGAAGGAGAAGUCUCCUAGAGAUGAUUGUACUUUGGUGCGAAAAGUGCAAAUCAAUCCCAUAACAACAGCAAAGGACCUUGUGAAGAUGCUGGAGGAAACAGGUACAAAAGUAUCUAUAUCCACAGUAAAACGAGUCCUAUAUCGAAAUAACCUGAAAGGCCGCUCAGCAAGAAAGAAGCCACUGCUCCAAAACCAUCAUAAAAAAGCCAGACUACGGUUUGCAACUGCACAUGGGGACAAAAAUCAUACUUUUUUGAGAAAUGUCCUCUGGUCUGAUGAAACAAAAAUAGAACUGUUUGGCCAUAAUGACCAUCGUUAUGUUUGGAGGAAAAAGGGGGUUGCUUGCAAGUGAAAAACACCAUCCCAAACGUGAAGCACGGGGGUGGCAGCAUCAUGCUGUGGGGGUGCUUUGCUGCAGGAGGGACUGGUGCACUUCACAAAAUAGAUGGCAUCAUGAGGAAGGAAAAUUAUGUGGAUAUAUUGAAGCAACAUCUCAAGACAUCAGUCAGGAAGUUAAAGCUUGGUUGCAAAUGGGUCUUCCAAAUGGACAAUGACCCCAAGCAUACUUCCAAAGUUGUGGAAAAAUGGCUUAAGGACAACAAAGUCAAGGUAUUGGAGUGGCCAUCACAAAGCCCUGACCUCAAUCCUAUAGAAAAUGUGUGGGCAGGACUGAAAAAGCAUGUGCAAUCAAGGAGGCCUACAAACCUGACUCCGUUACACCAGCUCUAUCAGGAGGAAUGUGCCAAAAUUCACCCAACUUAUUGUGGGAAGCUUGUGGAAGACUACCCGAAACGUUUGACCCAAGUUAAACAAUUUAAAGGCAAUGCUACCAAAUACUAAUUGAGUGUAUGUAAACUUCUGACCCACUGGGAAUGUGAUGAAAUAAAUAAAAGCUUAAAUAAAUCCUUCUAUCUACUAUUAUUCUGACAUUUCACAUUCUUAAAAUAAAGUGGUGAUCCUAACUGACCUAAGACAGGGAAUUUUUACUAGGAUUAAAUGUCAGGAAUUGUGAAAAACUGAGUUUAAAUGUAUUUGGCUAAGGUGUAUGUAAACUUCCGACUUCAACUGUAUCUGUGUAGCUCUGCUGUAGUUACUGUGACUUUUAUCAUCUAGACUGCAGGAUGUUGUGAACAACCUGAAGAUCAAGUGUGCCAACCAGGAGAAGCAGUCUCGGGAGGAGAACCAGAACCUCACUGAUGACUACACACGCAUCAUGCAACAGUACAAACACAUGCAGAAGAAGAUGAGGUGAGUAACAUACACACACACAGAUACACACAAAGUUGCAAAGUGUCGCCGGAGAAGAUGGCUGCUGUUUUACAGCCCUCUAACCAAUUGUACUAUUGUGUGUUUUUUCGCGUUAUUUGUAAUUUAUUCUGUACAUAAUGUUUCUGCCACCAUUUGUUAUGACCAAAAAGAGCUUCUGGCAACUGCUCGGCCUCCGACCGCAAGGCACUACAGAGGGUAGUGCGUACGGCCCAGUACAUCACUGGGGCCAAGCUUCCUGCCAUCCAGGACCUCUAUACCAGGCGGUGUUAGAGGAAGGCCCUCAGCCAACCUAGUCAUAGACUGUUCUCUCUGCUACCGCACGGCAAGCGGUACCGGAGCGCCAAGUCUAGGUCCAAAAGGCUUCUCAACAGCUUCUACCCCCAAGCCAUAAGACUCCUGAACAGCUAAUGAUGACUACCCGGACUACCCCCAUCCCCACCCCAUCCCCCUCUUUUACGCUGCUGCUACUCUGUUUAUUAUUUAUGCAUAGUCACUUUAACUCUACCCACAUGUACAUAUUACCUCAAUUACCUACAUAUUACCUCAAUUACCUUGACUAGCCGGUGCCCCUGCACAUUGACUCUGUACCGGUACCCCCCUGUAUAUAGCCUCCCUACUGUUAUUUUAUUUUACUGCUGCUCUUUAGUUAUUUGCUUGUAUUUUUUUUACUUAACACUUUUUCAAUUUGACAUUGUUGGUUAAGGGCUGUAAGUAAGCAUUUCACUGUAAUGUCUAUAAAAUUUGAUUUGAUUUGAGACACACACACACACACACACACACACACAAAUACAGACAGACAGAGAGAGACACACACACACACAGAAUGUAAUUGUCAGUCUUUGCAUUUUCAUAUCUCUCCCUGUCUAGUGCUAUAACCUAGGGAUGGUCAAAACUGCAAUAUAACUGCACCAAGCAGACCAACAAAUGUCACGUCAAGAGCAAUGUCUCAAGCACUUGAGGAGACUUCGACACAAUUCUUAAUUGCUUUGUUGCUUCAGAAAGCCUUGUUUUACCCAUCCCUCCUAAUAACGCUACACUUCUUCCCCUCUUUCCAUUCAGGCACUUUGCGACCAUCGAUGCCAAGAAGUUUGAGGAGGUGUGGCUGAUGAACGAGGAGGAGGUCAAGGCGCUGGUGGAGAAGGCCCUGGACACGGACCGGCUGGUCCACGAGCAGCAGCUGGGCCUAGCCUGGCAGCGCCCACCGCUGGCCUUCAUGGAGCGCUGCGGACCCCUCCAGCCCCAGAGACAGGCCCAGAAGACUGCGCACCAGGCCAUCUCCGAGCUGCUCCGGCUUGGAUGUAGCCUGGGGAAGGGGAAGUACCAGGAGGCCGGGGUUGGGCCUGAAGCCGGGGUUGGGCCUGAAGCCGGGGUUGGGCCUGACGCCGGGGUUGGGCCUGAUGCCGGGGUUGGGCCUGGGGCAGAGAGCCCUGGGUUGGCUGUGGAGGUGUAUGAAUCAGGAGCAGGGCUGGAGAGUGGGAGCAGUGAGGUGGAGAGGGAAGGGAGUGGGGGGGAGCACAGUGGGACGGUGUCGGUGAAGACGGUCAAGAAGCUCCUGGAGCUGCUGUGUGACGAGGCGGUGAGCGGGCUGAGUUUUCAGCUUGUGUGUCUGUAUGAAAGAGGGAUAGAGAGAGGAAGAGGAACUGUGUUAUCUACCUAAACUAGUUCAACAUUUAGCCUUUACAGUUUCUCUGUCUCUCUCUCCUUCCCUCCUUCUCCCUCCACAGGGUUUUCUGAUAGAGAGUAAACUCCUGAAGCUCCUCUCUCCACUGGAGAAGGAUGAACAGUCCCUCAUGAAGCUGGAUUCCAUCUUCACUGUGAGUUACACUGUAACGGCUAUAUGUAUGUUAUGUCACCUGUAACUAUACAUUUACUGUCACAUAAACACAAGACAGUAGUGAUAGAGGAGCUGUAUCAGUGUUGUCUCCGCUCUCUGUUCUUCUCUGCCAGGCCAUGGGGAUUGAGAGCGAGGAGGACGUGUACAAGCUGGCUGAUUUCUUCAUGAAGUACAGACAGACACAAGGGGAGCAGGCCCAGGUAAGGAGGGAGGGAAGAAGGCUGGUGUUAGUAGCCAUGGUUACCAGCUCCACACUGACAUCUUGUAAGAAUCCUCUCUUUCUUUUCUUGUUUUCUGUAUUCAGGAUGUGUCUGCGAAAGAGGGCGUGGCCAGUCCUCAGGCGGAGGGAGGGGAGCAUACCUCCUCCUGUAGCCCGACCUCUGACCUCAUCCACCCCAAUGAUGUCCUGGUCGCCCUGAGGGCCUACACUGCCCACCACUGCCGGCCCAGGUCAGCACUGGGGCUCUCUGUUUCAAUACCCACAUUUGCAUACCACUUAGAAUGAAGCAAUGUAUUGGGCAUGCAUUUCUAAGUGGCUUGCCAAUGUAUUAAGCAAUAAGGCCCAAAGGGGUGUGGUAUAUGGUCAAUAUAACACAGCUAAGGGCUGUUCUUUAGCACGAUGCAACGCAGAGGUAUAUUGGCCAUAAACCACAAACCCCGGAGGUGCCUUAUUGGUAUUAUAAACAGGUUACUAACGUAAUUAGAACAGUAAACAAGUUGUUUUGCGUCGUGGUAUAUUUAAGCAAUAAGACACAUCAGGGGUUUGUGGUAUAUGGCCAAUAUACAACGGCUAAGGGCUGUUCUUAUGCACGACGCAACGCAGAAUACCUGGAUACAGCCCUUAGCCGUGGUAUAUUGGCCAUAUACCACCCCCUCGGACCUUAUUGCUUAAUUAAAUGGUGACACAUAUAAUGGACUCAGUACAGUGAACUUAAAUAUGUGUAGAAACUACCAUACAAAUGUUAUAUGGGGAAGCGUAACAUUACAAAACUAUUCCCCCAGAGAGGUGGCUGCCCCUCACCAGCCCAGUAUGCUGGGUCUAGGAGGGAGAGAUGACUCUGAAGACGCAGCCUACUGGGAGGCCAUGGCUGACGUCAUCCCUGAGGCCAAACUCAAGAUCUGGGGCGCCCUGGAGACAGCACUUGACAAGUACCAGUGAGUACCACACACACACCCACACAUAAUGACAAGAUAGUAUCUGCCUUAUAAAUGCAUUCAAUCCUGGCCUCUAAUUGAGUUAUAAAACAGGUGAUAUAAAGAGUGGUGACUGAUUGAGCAUCGUUUUGAUAGAUUAUUUGAAUCUGUUUGUUCCUAGCAUUGUUCUGACAGAGAGGUCCCAGUUCAUCACAGACACACAGAGCCUGAAACAACAGAACACAGAGCUACGGAUGCUGCUUCACCAAUACGUCAACUCCAGGGUAUGUGUGUGUGUGUGUGUGUGUGUGUGUGUGUGUGCCUGUGAAUGCAUCUAGAGGGUUUGUGUCCAGAAUGUGUGUGCUAAUUUAAUGAGAGACGUCUACUGACCUAUCUACAUUCUUCUCAUAGGUCAAUGCUGAGCUGGAGAUCCCACCCACCCUGGUGAUGCAGUUGGCUCCUGAGUGAACAAGCUGACCAAUGAGGAAGAGCACACACAAACCCACAGUGCAGUGGAAAUGCUUCAAUAUUUUAUGAUGAAAAUAAAGCACUUCAUCAAC